GUGCAUCAGCAACAUUUUUAACUUCAGCAAGCAAGCAACCAUGGAAGAAAUACCAGAGUUGGUCGUGGAGUUGCCCGAGAAUGGGGUGAUAAAGACUCAGUCAGUGCCUGUAGCACCACCCACAGCGCCAUUCUCACUGACACCUACACCUGGCAAGAAAAUACCAAUCACCAUUAUCACGGGAUAUUUGGGAUCAGGCAAAUCAACGUUGCUUGACAUUAUAGGAAAGACUUCCAAUAAACGAUUAGCAAUUAUCCUUAAUGAGUUUGGAGAUUCGUCAGUUAUAGAAAAGUCAGUUACUAUUAAAGAUAGUGACACGGCUGUGCAGCAAUGGCUUGAUAUUGGGAAUGGCUGCCUCUGCUGCACGGUCAAGGAUAAUGGAGUAUUGGCAAUCGAAAAUUUAAUUGAAAAUUCCCGGGAUAAAAUUGAUUAUAUCUUGUUGGAAACUACUGGGAUUGCUGAUCCUGCUCCUAUAGCCAAGAUGUUUUGGUUGGAUGAGGGUCUAGCAUCGAAUAUUUACAUUGAUGGCAUCAUCACUGUGGUUGAUUCUGAACAUAUAGUCACUUGUUUAGAUGACGUUGGUGGCCAUUGGCAUAAGGAGCAUCACAUUGAACAGGAUGAUCAUGAACAAGGAAUAACCACAGCACAUUUACAAUUAGCAUUAGCUGACGUCGUGUUGCUCAACAAAGUAGAUAAGAUACAGGAGAAUAGCCAAAUUGAGAAAAUAACAAAUAGAAUUAGAAAGAUCAACCAAACUAGUCCAAUCUAUCCUACAAGUUUUGGUGAUAUUUCCUUGGACAAGAUUCUUGACUUGCAUGCUUUUGAGGCAAAUAGCAACACCAUUCAAUCGCUCAACGUAUCUCAAACAUUCCAUGAUGAUAGAAUUACUACAGUGGCAAUAGAUUUCCCGUUCUUCACUUCUGUUUCUGACUUUGCAAAAAUUGAAAAGUUCUUGCAAUAUGUGCUUUGGGAAAACAAAAUCAACAAGAAAUCAGUGGAGAUUCAUCGAUUAAAGGGAUUACUAGUAUAUAACAGUGACGUACCAGAUGUCCGUGUAGUGCAAGGUGUGCGUGACACUUAUGAAAUCAUAGAAAAUGGAGUAUUGCUUGAUCUGGUCAAGGCCAACAAGCUCGUGUUUAUCGGUAAAGAUCUUGAUCUCCAAGACAUCACCAUAGAAUUAAAUAGUUUUUUACAGUGAGUAAAUUUCUUCGCAAUUUUUUUUU